UUAUUUAAAUAAACUGAUGUCAUUAUGAGGAAGAUAUACACCAUGUGACAUUCACGGUUAAGUUUCCAGCAGGAAAAGGAGUUCAAAAGCAGACCUACAAUCUCUCAAGACAAGCACUUCAACUGAUAGAAAAGAUGUAUACAGACACAAUGUUGGGGAGCCUUCUGCUAGUUGCGAUGUGUGGUGUGGCAGCGGCCUUGGAUGCCAAACUGGAUUUACACUGGCAGAUGUGGAAAAAGCAACAUGGAAAGAACUACAAGACUGAGGUUGAAGAGUUAGGCAGAAGGGAGGUCUGGGAGAGAAAUCUUCAGCUGAUCAGCCUACACAACCUGGAGGCAUCUAUGGGAAUGCACACCUAUGACCUCGGCAUGAACCAUAUGGGAGACAUGACUGAAGAGGAAAUUCUUCAGUCUUUUGCCUCUUUGAAAGUCCCUGCCGACCUCAAGAGGGAGCCCUCUGCAUUUGUGGCCUCAUCAGGCACCCCUGUGCCUGACACAGUGGACUGGAGACAGAAAGGCUAUGUCACACAAGUCAAAAACCAGGGUUCGUGUGGAUCCUGCUGGGCCUUCAGCUCUGUGGGGGCCCUGGAGGGUCAGCUAAUGAGGACCACAGGGAAACUGGUGGACCUCAGCCCCCAGAACCUGGUGGACUGCUCCUCCAAAUAUGGCAACAAGGGCUGCAAUGGAGGCUUCAUGAGCAAGGCUUUCCAGUACGUCAUUGACAACAAAGGCAUUGACUCAGACACGUCUUACCCAUACCAAGGAGUUCAAGGAACUUGCCACUACAACCCCUCCUACCGCUCUGCCAACUGCACCAGAUACAGUUUCUUGCCAGAGGGAGAUGAAACAACCUUAAAGCAGGCUGUGGCUAUGAUUGGACCAAUCUCUGUCGCCAUUGAUGCUACUCGACCCAGUUUUAUCCUCUGGCGCAGUGGAGUUUACAAUGACCUAACCUGCACACAGAAGAUUAACCAUGCUGUCCUUGUUGUGGGGUAUGGCACACUAGAUGGACAGGACUACUGGCUUGUGAAGAACAGCUGGGGAACAAGAUUUGGAGAAAAUGGGUACAUCCGGAUGUCUCGUAACAGAAACAACCAGUGUGGCAUUGCUCUGUACGGCUGCUACCCCAUCAUGUAACUCCUGACAUCAGCAAUGCAUCAAGUUGCAUUACUGGGAAACCUGAACUGGAAGUGUCGAUUUAAGUUAUCUUUUGGUAAUUUUUCAUGUAUCCAGUAGCCUUUCUUAUCUAGUCCUGUUUUCACUAUCUGCACUUCUUUGGACAGGUCAAGUCAUUCAUGUAUGUUGGAUGACCAGUAAUACUAAGGAUGUACACAACUACUUAAGCGGUGCAAACAAUCAAACUUUUGUACUUGAUUUUGAUAUUUUAGUUACAUGCAUUUCCUGAUAAAAAUCAUGCAAUUUUUGUUUGUAUGAGUGUACAGAUUGCUGUACUCUACUUUAAAAUACUCCAGAUAUGUUACAGUAAACAAGAACUUUUUAAAUCAACCCCCAUUAUAUUACUGCAAGGUGCCAAUUAUUUUCCUAUAUUUACAUGUUGCCUACAAUCUGUCAAAGAAGUUUGAGAAAGUGAAAUAAAAAUUUGGGGCGGAAACAAGUUAUUUUACACAAAUCAGGAUUUGUUGAUGGUGCUGUUUCACCCCAUCAACACAGAUUAUAUAACAAAAAGACUAAGUCUGCUCAGGGAGCAGCCUGAUCAGUUCUGUAUAAACCAAAUAAUAUAAUAUAGAAGCUGGCCAUAAGCCAACAAUACUUUUUUUGUUUCUUGUUUUUCUGGUCAAGGAGAUAGGGUUGAAAAGGGUUAGUUCUGCUCCCUGAACCACAGUCCAUCACACACCACAUCCAUACUCCAUACUCUGUGUUUCCAUUCAUUUUAAAUAAAGCCAGCAGACCCCUUUACACCA